AUGAUAUCAGCAACAGCUUGGGUUCCAAGGGGUAUUGCCUCUGAAUUUCCUGUUAAGUAUGAAUUGGACGAUGAAGAAAUGGAAAGAAUUAACCAAUUAGCACAACUAAAUCUAGAUGAUGCCCGUGCAGAUUUAACUGAAGCCCAAGAAGAAGAAGAAGCUGAAAAUUCUAAUGACAAUACAGAUGGGAACAAACUUUCCGAUUCCGUCUUAAAAGAUCAAAUUGAUGUUGAUGAUGAUUUAAAAGAAUUCGAUAUGGAACAUUAUGAUGAUGAUGAUAAUAGCAAUAACUUUGCUAAAGGUGUUCAAGCUACUAUGUUCCCAAGUUUACAAAAUGAAGAUGUUGAAUUCCAUGAAAAUGGUGAAGAUCCAUACAUAUCAUUACCAACCAAUAAAGACACAGAAGAAGAAAAAGAAGAAUUGCAAGUAUACCCAACCGAUAACUUAGUUUUGGCUACACGUACUGAAGAUGAUGUUUCUUAUUUAGAUGUCUACAUUUAUGAUGAUGGUGCUGGUUUCCAUGGAGAUGUACCAUCUGAAGAAGGUGAUACCAAUGACCCAGAUAUGGCUCGUGGCUUAGUUCGUGACAGUUCUUUAUAUGUUCAUCAUGACUUAAUGUUACCAGCUUUCCCCUUAUGUGUCGAAUGGAUUAAUUAUGCACCAGGCUCUAACAACGAUGAUGCUGCCAAUUUUGCAGCUAUUGGUACUUUUGAUCCAAAUAUUGAAAUUUGGAAUUUAGAUUGUGUUGAUAAAGCAUUCCCUGAUUUAAUAUUAGGUGAACCUAUGGAUAAUUCAAUGCCUAACUUAAUUAGUAAAUCACAAAAGAAAAAGAAGAAGGGCAAAAAAAAUUCCAACAACCAUGUUACUACCCAUCACACUGACGCUGUUUUAUCAUUAGCACAUAAUCAAUUAUUUAGAGCAAUCUUAGCAUCUACAAGUGCUGAUUCAACAGUUAAAUUAUGGGAUUUAAACAGUGGUACUGCUGCUAGAUCAUUAAACCAAGUUCAUCAUGGCUCUAGAGUAUCAUCUUCUCAAUGGCAUCAAACAGAUGGUUCAAUUUUAUUGACAGCUGGCUAUGAUAGUAAAAUUGCAUUAACUGAUGUUCGUAUCUCUGACGAAAAAAAUAUGUCUAAGUAUUGGAAUGUCAUGUCCGGUGAAGAAAUUGAAACUGCAUCAUUCAUAAAUGAUUAUACAGUCCUAGCAGGUACUGAUAAUGGUAAUGUUUAUUCCUUUGAUGUACGUUCUGUCGAAUCCAAACCAUUAUGGACUUUAAAAGCUCACGAUGCUGGUAUUGCUGGUUUGAGUGUGCCUAAGAACAUUCCAGGUAUGUUAUUAACAGGUGCUAUGGGCGAAAAAGUUAUUAAAUUAUGGAAAUUUGAUCCUUCAAACGCAAAAGGUCCAUCAAUGGUAUUAUCUAGAGACUUGGGUGUUGGUAAUGUGUUAACUUCAGCAUUUGCCCCAGAUAUCGAAAUUGGUGCUACAAUGAUUGUUGGUGGUGUUACCGGUGGAUUAAAAUUAUGGGAUGCAUUUAGUAACAGAACUGUUCGUAAAACUUUUGAUACUGAAUUAAGAGCACUUCAAAACAAUGCUAGAGAACUUGCUAAACAGACUGGUAGAAGCUCUCGUAUCUCUAGAAAAUAUAUUCAUAACAAUAACCCUGAUACUAUCUUGACAGUUGACGAUAAUGAUGGAGAUGAUGAUGAAAAUGAUUCUGAUUGA